AUGGCUUACGGUUUCAAACUUCUCGUUUUGUUUUGUUUCAUUUCAUUUCUGUAUGGUGUUGGAAUAUUCCUUUUCACUCGCGGUUUUCUUUUAAAUCGGCUGGUCAUCAAUGACCUGAGUGACUGUUCAGAAGCUCCCGAAGUCAUUCUGUUGUCGUCUAAUCAAGAACUGUCGAAUGCACGGAAAUCUGAAGGCUGUUGGAUGAAGAAGACGUACGAAAAAGCUGUGAUACUAAUAAUUGAUGCUCUACGCUAUGAUUUUGCACUGUACAACUCAAGCCUGGAUGAUGACAAUGCGUUGCCUUACCAGAAUAAAUUAAAAGUCAUCCAUGAAGUGUUAGCGAGCUCUCCUCAACAUGGAGCUCUGUUCAAAUUUGUGGCUGAUCCACCAACCACCACUAUGCAGCGAUUAAAGGCGCUCACUACUGGUAAGUUAUUCUUUACACCUGAUUCGUGUAGUGUUCCAAAAAGCAAUAGAUAUGUUGUAUACAGCUUUUCCACACUAAGAACUUCAAAGAAUGUGACCAAUUUGCAAUUUCUCCUUACCUGCUGGGUCCAGCUGUUCAAAGGGGGGAUAAUGCUAUCCAUCAGAUUAACCCUUUAACACCCAUGAGUGACCAAGACAGAAUUUCUCCUUAGAAUAUUAAUACAUUAUCAAGCAGACAAGUGAUGAGAAUAAAGAAUAAUAUUAAUUAGGGGAUUAUUAGUUGAUCCAAAAACAAAUUCUCCAAACUAACAUCACAAGAACUGUAUGGGAGAGAGUAAGGAGAAUUACUAAUGAGAUCUUGGGAGUUAAAGGGUUAAAAGCUAUCCAGCGGAUGAGUGUUAACAAAAUGUACUGUGCUAUCCACCAGUUAAAGAUUUAUCCAGUGGAUAGCAUUACACAUCCUUUGAACAAAAGUUUAAGUUUGUAUUCGAGCCAAUUUCUGCAAACAGGGCUUAUUCCAGUUUCUUAAUGUAGCAUGAAGGGACAAGGAGUAUUACUCUUCCCCUCUGGAUGGGUCCCUCAGCAUUUCAUCAUGCUUCCCCAAAAAUUUGCCAGUAUUCAUUUAUAUUCCUGGGUGGAGAGAGGCACUGUGAAAGAAAAGUGUUUUGUUCAAGAACACAACACUUGAACCCAGACCUCUUGACCUGAAGUUCAAUAAACUGACCUUAAGGUCACUGUGUCUCUAUAGCUAUACAUGUUACCCUUUACAGUCCUUAACCCUUUACAGUCCUUAACAUCAGUGUUCAUAUUCUCCAUACUGUUCUCUGUACAUAUACUAAGGUGCUGACAAGGAGAAUUUGUCUAAUAAUCAAGGGUUCCUUUAGUUUGUGAUCAUUUCCUUUAUUCUCCUGGCAUUAAUUUGUGAUUCAGUGGUGAUAUUGUAAGGAGAAAUUAGAUUUGAAAUCAAAUUCCAAGAACCAACAUAGUAAUAAAAGUAUAUCAGACAGUGAGAUUGAGUUGUUAUAGAGAUCUUGGGAAUAAUUACAUGUAGAGUCAAAUUGUGAAGUAAGGAUGUUUAUGCAGUUCUUUACUUCUUGCACAUCCAGCUUUAUCUAUAUUAUUUGCUGUUUUAAAAUGAUACUUUUGAUAUGUUGGCAAAAAAAAGUAAUUUAAAAAAAAAUUUGGGAAUUAAUGAUUCUUUUCUCAAACAAAAGGGUCAUGAGUUUUGAGCUUAUCCUUACUCUCAUGUCAACAGGAAGUUUACCUACUUUUGUGGAUGCAGGAAGUAAUUUUGCCAGUUCAAAUAUCAUAGAAGACAACAUCAUCUCACAGCUGAUAUCUCUAGAGAAGAACAUAACUUUCAUGGGGGAUGACACUUGGGGUAGUCUAUUCCCUGACUCUUUCCAUAAGUCCUUUCCAUUCCCAUCAUUUAAUGUCAUGGAUCUUCAUACUGUGGACAAUGGUGUAAUUGAACACUUGGUUCCAGAAUUAAAGGAAAAUGACUGGGAUGUUCUCAUUAGUCACUUUCUCGGAGUUGAUCACUGUGGGCACAAAUUUGGUCCCAAUCAUCCUGAAAUGGCAGCUAAACUCACACAGAUGGAUUCUGUCCUGAGGUAGGGAGCAUUUAUUGCUUAUGAAAGCAACCACCUCAAAUCCUUUAAAAUUAAACAGACAGAUUUGCCAGUUUGGAAAGUGGCCUUACCUGAUGUGCUCAAAAUUGUGGAGAACAGUGCUUUUCUAUGUGUAGUGAUUUUAUCUCAGAUAUCUGUAAUCUGAUAUUUAGAGUAACAUACAGUGUACAAUGUAUUUAUAUGCAUAGUAUGGUGCAAAAGUAAAGAGAGGGAAAUUUGCCAAAUUUCACAUUUUCAGGGCCCCAUUGUUGUAACUUUUGUGAUGUGAAUAUCAGUUAGACAAUUCAAAAUUUGUCUAAUUUUUGGUUCAUUUCUCCACCAUUGUACCCAAGAUUUGAUUAAUUAAGUUGUUGUCACUUUUGGAUUUCAGCUUAUCAUCAUACUUGCACAAAGGAUUAAAUACUUCAAGACCAAUUACAGUUCUCCACCCUCCACAAAACAAGCACUCCAAGUUACAAUUCAAAUUAGAGACAGUUUUUGAGAAGAGCCACUUCAUGGAUGUCCACUGCCAAAUCCAAUUAAGCAUUUUUUCUACCAGUUAACUUUGUUAUUAAUAGUGCCAGAUGAUAAUUUUUUCAAAUUUGGUUGUUUAUUCAACAUAAUAAAUCUUUAGUAGUUGGCCCCCCUAAAAAUACAAAUUGUUUCAAUGCAAUGAAAGGCUGGAUAGAUUUGAAAUUCAUAUAAGGUACUCUUAUACUACUUUUUGUGUUAUGCCAUACAGGUCUGUAAUGGAGACUCUUGAUGACAAAACAGUAUUGUUUGUGAUGGGUGACCAUGGUAUGACCCGUACUGGUGACCAUGGUGGUGACAGUGAUGAUGAGGUGGAUGCAGCCCUUUUUGUUUAUUCAACCAAACCUAUAUUGACAUGUAACAUGAAAAAGGUAAGAAAAGGGAUGAUACAGUCCAUAAUGCAUGUAAAUAAAUCAUUCUCAAUUUUGUUUUCACUAUAGUCUUAUUGAAAUCCAAGUACCUUUUGUACAAUCUCAUUAGUCACUUUUUAGUAAACUCUUAUUUGUUUUUUUUCUUUAAUCAAAAAUAUAACAUAGCUAGUAAAUUUGUCUAAUCAAAUUUAAUUGUGCGAGCAUGCUUCAUAUUCCUAUUGUGCACGCUCAUGAUGUCAGCAAACAAAUCCCUCUAGAAAAAAAAUUUUCCAUUGGGUUGAAAAUUUAUAAAACAAUUGGUUCAUCCGUCAGCUGUGCGUUCAUCGAGAUAUGAAGCACUUGGGAAGUUUGGAGAGCACUCAAGAAGCUAGAGUUGCUCAAGGCUAUGCCUCGAGCAACUCUUACGCAUCUUUCGUGCUCUCCAAACUUCCCGCGUGCUUCAUAUCUUGAUGAACGCACGCUGACGUAUGAACCAAUUGUUAAAUAGCAUAGGCAGUGGAAGAUUUUGUUUGAUUUCUUUAACACAUUUUACCCUAACAUCAGUAUGCAUAUUCCCUAUACUGUUCUUUAUACAUUUCCAAAGGUGCUGACAAGAAGAGUUUGUUUAAAAAUCAAGAACUUCUUUAGGUUAUAACCAUUUCUUUUAUUUAUUCUUGUGGCCUUAAUGUUUGAUUCAGGGGUGAUAUUGUAAGGAGAAAUUAAAUGCUAGUCAUUCUUAGGGGUUAAAAAGAGCUAACUUAAACUGGCAUUUCAUAUUUAUUGAAUUCAGUGUUAAGAAGUUUUCAAUGUCAUUGGUAUUGCAUACUUUUUCUCUCUGUGGCCCUUUUGACAGUUUGUCUGGGCUAAAAACCUCUCUGAAAUGUUCCCAUGUUGUAAGGUUUCCUGCAUCAAACUAACAUUUUAUUCUUAAUGCCAUUUGUGUUGUGGAUUCCAAUUUUCUUCUGUACACAUGAGUAUACAUGAAAUAAUUUUGUAAUUUGUAAUUUUGUCCAACACAGGAGAAAACUGCAACUGUUUCCCAGAUAGACUUGGUCCCUACUCUCUCCCUGCUGUUAGGCAUACCCAUUCCAUUUGGAAACCUGGGUACUAUUAUACCUGAGUUUUUCUGCCAUGGAAGUACCUCGGAAAAUCACUCUCACCAAGCAAACAGUGAAAAUGAUAUAAUUGCACAGCAAGUGCUGGAAUUGCUUCAAAGAAACACAGCUUUUGAACUGAAUGCCAAGCAAGUCCACAAGUAUCUCACAAAGUAUGCCUCGAUCUCGGGAGAUAUUCCUAGAGGCAAGUUAGAGGAACUUGGGAAGAUUUUACAAAAUGCAACUGCACUGGUCUCUGAAGCUAAAGAUUUGGUUGACAGCCUUGAGGGACAUGGGAAAAUGCUCAGAAAAGCCUCUGGAGAAGAACUAAAGCAUCUCAGUGUUAUAUUAUCUUCUGCCGAAAAAUUUCAUAGUGACUAUUUGUCUGGUGCGAAAGUUCUCUGUCGGUCGAUGUGGGCGAAGUUUGAUCUGAACUCUAUAUUUGCGGGUAUCUCUGUGAUUUUUGUGGCUGUCGCUUUAGUUGUUUUAGCCCUUCUUAAUUUCAGUGAAAACCGAUUGUCUCUGCUGGUUUUAGUCCCGCUGAUAGGCUUCAUUAUUGCAUCUGCAGCGACAUCCUGUGACUUUAAUGUCAUUAUCGUAAUACCACUAUAUAUAGCAUGCGCACUGCUGUUGGCAAUAUUUGUUUUUCUUCAAAAGAUGGUUCUGAAAUACACCCAAGUAACAGCGAGUGGUUUUUUAAAAAAAUUGUCAUUAGACAACAUUUUUGCCGCAGUGUUAUGUUUACUUCAGUGCUGGGCUUCAUUGUCAAACAGUUUUGUGGUGAACGAGGACAAGCUGAUUGCCUUUUUCAUUCAGUCUUUAAUUGGAGUGAAAUGUGUUCAAGCCAUAUGGAAAGUUUAUCCCAUCAAUAACAGGAAUCUCGUUCUAAGACAUCAUUUUAGGAGAUUUUCCAAAAAGGACAAAAAAAGCGAUAUAUCUGGAUUCUUCCUCAGAUUGUUUAUAGCGUGGAUAGCAUUUGAUAUUGUCAACAGAACUGCCAUAAUGUUACGAGCUUGUCGAGAGGAGCAGUGGUCUUGUGUGCCAACAGAUUUCCUUAAACCUCAGUCGACCUCCGCGGACAAGACCAACUUGGAAAGCAAUCGAUUUAUUUUGACCGUUUUAUGCACUGGUAUAAUUCCUUUUUCACUUCGCCAGUGGCUUCGUUAUCAUGGAAAUUUAAAUGGCACAACGUUUAUUGUUCUAAGUGUGAGGUAUACUGUUCCCUUGGCUUUCAUCUUCAUGUGCGCUCACUGGAUGCUGCAGAUCGUUCCACAGAAGAUGGCCACUGUCUUUCCAGAGAUGCAGGUGUGGCAACAAAUAAUCUUUCCGCAGAUUGUCUACUCUAUGUGUAUGGCAACAAUUGCAUGCGUUUUGUACUCACCCCUAUAUAUCUACACUGUCUUUAAAAACGGAAGGAACUCUUUCGACGAAGGAGUGAAAUCCUUGCAAGAGACUGGUGAUAAUUCCAGAAUUAUCCAUGCUCUGGUCCGUGAAGUGAGACAGAAUUGGAAGAGAUUGGAUGGAAAGAAAGUCUUGGCGGGAGAAGAGUGUGAGGACGAUACAAACACGCCCAUGGUGUAUGGUCUUGGAACCGUUUUUUCGUCGGCAAUACUGGUUCUAUUUGUUUCCGUUGGAUUGCCUUUAAUGAUGUUGUUGGGCAACGGAAUGGCUUUGUCUAUUUCUCUGAUCUUUUUCCACAUCUUUUUGCUGUUGGAGAUUCACGGAUUGAGCCAUGAUGCAGAACCUGGCGAUAGUGCUCGUGGAAACUCCGGUAAGUGCUAUGGAGUGUACAUACAAUUUUUGGGCAUGUUAUAAGCAAAGUUGUUCUGCUGUUAGCAAAUGUUUGCUGUGAGUUUAUUGAAUUUAGAGGGAGCAGUAGACAAAUGCGGACUAUUUAACUCUGCUAAAACUCGCACUCUUAUAAACCCAUCAAAACAGUGAAGUAAUUGAUGUAAUCAACAACGACUGACAACCGCUAUCGGCCACUUUCCACUUUCUAGGUCUAGCCAAAAUGAAAGAGAGAACUGAGCCUUGUUGAUGUAAACGGAAAGCGAACGUCAACUCGCUUUAACUAAAACUAGGACUCGUGAGUCGUUCUACAGUACCGCUCAAAAGUAAGUUGACAGUCCCUCAAUCCUCGAAGUUAUCGAGUAUCGAGGCUCGAGUCGAGUUUCAAGACAUUCGAGUUGAGUAUCGAGACCCUCGAAACUCGGUUCGUGACACGAGAAGUUGGGAAUCAAGGAAGAGCGAGUCGAGACUGUCAACUUACUUUUGAGCAGUAUUCUACCUCGUGUGUCUUCAAUCUUUGAAGAAUAGCUGAUUAUUAUUUCCCCAGCACCCCUGUGCAGUUCGCGAUAAGUCUUUUAGUCCCACUGAGGGACUAAACGUAGGGAACGUAGACUAGCCUUGCUCAAAAGACAGGGUAAACUCGGUGAGAACAACUUCUACGAGUUCUGAAAACUGACCGGUUUCAUUUACGGAGAGAACGGUCUGAUCAACUAGUUCUCACAAAUUUCUCUAUUUGUAGACACCUCAUUCAGCGUGGUAGUACUGUGGUAUUUCAUGUCGUCAUAUUACUUCUAUUGCACUGGUCACCAGGCCACCAUUCCGUCCAUCCGCUUUGAAGCUGCUUUUGUUGGCUUCCCAGGAGACAUGGGAAAUAUUGUGAUACCAGGUGAAGCAUAAACCUCAAAACUUGCUCAUUUUGAUUUCAUUCGGCGCCAGAAAAAUUAGUGAACUAAAGGUGAUUGAAAUCGUCUCUUUCUCGCGUAAAGCAAAAUGAAACCUGUAUUAACCGCCGCUUCCCUACAACGGAGCCGUUUCUUGUCUUCUGUUUGUUUGUUUUUUUCACGGCCGACGGUUCGUACGUUUUAACUUCUGCACAACGACUGCCUCUUCUUGACGGCAAGGCCCACUUUAGCGUGUCCCAAUCGCAAAGUUUUACGAAAAUUUUAGUGCCGACGUGUAAAAUGAGACGAAUCAAUGAUGCUGUUAUUUUGGGCCACAGUAUUGUUUGCUGUGUUUGUGCAUUUUCCUCUCUUUUAUGGAUAACUUCUUUCUAUUCUUAUUGUAGGUCUCCUUAUACUGCUGAAUACUUUCUCUGGUCCAGUCCUUUUCGCCUUGGGUCUUCCACUCCUUCUCUUUUGGCCUCAAAUACAAAACAGGCUCCUAGGAACUCGCAGCAAAAAUAGCCCUCAACCAAGCAAAGGAGAGUUUGAUUGGAUUGAAAGUCCUGAACUGUUAAGAACUCGGAUGUUUCGGCUCUUAGUCACUUACCAGACUCUCCACGGCCUCAAGGUUAGUUUUAACUUAGAACUCAAAACUUUUGUUGCACAGUUUUUCGCCAGUUUGAUCGAACGGUUGGAGCAGUGUCAGUAUCUCAGCAACUGCACACCUACCCUCCCUUGACCCAACAACAGUCGACUGAUAACAAGUUAGGGGUUUAAUGUUGGCUUAGGGAGGGGUAAGUGCUUAGUUGCUCAGGUACUGAGCAUACCUGAUACCAACGGUUAAACGAACUGCAACAAUUACAGCUUAUUGUAUUUAUGUUCUUGUAAAUAAGACUUUUUAUGGUGAGAAAAUAAAAAGAAAAUGAAACUACUUGAUAUUUGACUCUGAAGCAACAACACUGAGAAAAGUGAAGAUAUAAAAAUGAACUCAGUCAUACGUUUAACUGUAGGGUUUAGCAAAAGGGUUGUAUUUUUAGGCGUAAAGAACAGCGUCACGAAAUUAAAAAAUCUGGGGUUCGUAGAUUUGUAAUUUUUACCAGUGUGACCCUAAACACCCUAUCGUCAGUACGCACAAAGAGAAUUUCUUAAACAAUCAAGAGCUUUAUUUAUUAUUAAGUGUAAUCAGUGGCGAAAUUAGAUGCUAGUCACUCUUACGGUUCAAAGGGUUAAUUUUCAUCUCCUUAUCUAUGAACUGAUUUAUUUACUGUCUAUUUAUUUUCUGAUUUAUUUAUUUAUUUAUUUAUUUAUUUAUUUAUUUACAGCUCCUGGCUACUUGUUGUUCUGCUGCGGUCCACCGCCGUCAUCUUAUGGUGUGGAAGAUUUUUGCGCCUCGAUUUGUGUUUGAAGGUGUCUCGUUCCUUUUAACCACGAUGGUUUUGUGCUUCAGUUAUCUUGUGGUUCUCAGGAUUGAUCAGUCUUUGCGAAGCUGGUUCAAGAAUCUUGAGGAGUCUCUUGAAUGGAAGACAAAGAAAAUUUAACUUCAUAACCUAACUCCAGCAAUCACUGGAACCAAGCAUUUUUUUACUUGCCUUUCCGAACAGAAACCUGUGGAUCAGUGAAUAAUGAAUAAAGUAAACAAAUAUUUAAUUGAUACAUUUGAGAAAAUUUUCGCCAGAAAUAAAAUUUUGGUCGCUAGAUAAGGGAAAGAAGGACUUUUUGUGCAAUACUGUAAAAGACCUACGACAAAUGUCUUUAUCACUUGAACUCUUGACCAUGAACAUUAAGGCACGGGUCACCAAAUGUUUUUCUUUUUCUACUUGAUAUGACGAACAAAAUAAUGGCAGUCUGGAACACUGGCGUGUUUUUUUUUAGUAUUGUUGUGGUAUUUUCUUCAACAUUUUGACGGUGAAUUAAGUUAGAUUGUUACUGAAAACUCUCUCUCCAUGAGUAGCGCUACAGUUGUCGUAGGUAAUAUACUAUAAGAUACGUUAUUGCCUUCAAGUACAGGUGACAAGACUACGAGCAGUCCUUUUUUUUUCGACGAAAUCCGUUGCGCGAGUGACAAAAAGUCACCGAAAAAAUAAAAUUGAUGUUAGUGCGCCGCUCGGAACUCUUAGAGUGAGGCGCACGAAAAGGAAGGAGUCUUGCGACAGAUUUCGCCGGAAAGAAGAUACUGCUCGUAGUCUAGUGCCAAAU